AUGGCAUCCACGGCUGAUCCUCUCAGCGUGGUGGCCGAUGGCCUCAUGGCGAAGAACACCCGGUCGGUGAUUCGCGUCGUCAUUCUGUUCCUCAUCGCAGCUGCCGCCGUGGCCAGCCGUCUCUUCUCGGUCAUCCGAUUCGAGAGCAUUAUCCACGAAUUCGAUCCCUGGUUCAACUUCCGCGCCACAAAGUACCUUGUCGCCAAUGGCUUCUAUAGCUUCUGGGACUGGUUUGAUGACCGCACCUGGCAUCCUCUCGGCCGUGUCACCGGCGGCACCCUCUACCCCGGCCUUAUGGUCACCAGCGGCGCCAUCUAUCACGCCCUCCGCGCUCUGACUAUCCCGGUCGACAUCCGCAACAUCUGCGUCCUGCUUGCGCCGGCCUUCUCCGGCCUGACCGCGUACUCGGCCUACCUGCUGACCAACGAGCUGACCACAUCGCCCUCGGCCGGCCUGCUUGCUGCUGCCUUUAUGGGAAUUUCCCCCGGCUAUAUCUCGCGGUCUGUUGCUGGCAGCUACGACAAUGAGGCCAUUGCUAUCUUCCUGCUGGUCUUUACCUUCUUCCUCUGGAUCAAGGCCCUGAAGCUGGGCUCCAUGCUCUGGGGCGCCCUUUGCGCCGUCUUCUACGGUUACAUGGUGGCUUCGUGGGGUGGCUAUGCUUUUAUCACCUGUCUGCUGCCGCUCCAUGCUUUUGUCCUGAUCUGCAUGGGCCGUUACAGUACCCGCCUCUACGUGGCUUACACCACGUGGUACGCCCUCGGAACAUUGGCCAGCAUGCAGAUUCCGUUCGUUGGCUUCCUCCCGGUGCGAACCAGCGAGCACAUGCCGGCACUCGGCAUCUUCGGCUUCCUUCAGCUCCUGGCCCUCCUCGACUACGUACGGUCGGCUGUUCCGAGCCGGCAAUUCCAGACCUUUCUCCUGCUCUCAGCCGGAAGCGCCUUCAGCAUUGGUCUUAUUGGUCUGGUCAUCGCCACAAGCGCUGGCGUAAUUGCUCCUUGGGGUGGCCGUUUCUACUCCCUCUGGGACACGAGCUACGCCAAGAUCCACAUUCCCAUCAUCGCCUCUGUAUCGGAGCAUCAGCCUACUGCGUGGCCCGCCUUUUUCUUCGACCUCAACUUCCUCAUUUGGCUGUUCCCUGCCGGCGUGUACCUCUGCUUCCAGAACCUAGCGGACGAGCACGUCUUCAUCGUGGUCUACGCUCUGUUCGGCAGCUACUUCGCUGGUGUCAUGGUGCGUCUGAUGCUGACGUUGACGCCUGUUGUGUGCGUGGCUGCGGCUAUGGCGGUGUCCUCACUACUCGACUCCUACCUCGUUCUCGAGUCGCCCAACUCUGUUGCUGCCGCGGCCGCGGAGGAGGCUGCGGAGAAGAAGUCGGUCAAGAGCGCCGGCCUGAAGUCGACGUCUAAGCCGGUUGUCGGCAUCUACUCGCUCCUGUCCAAGGGUCUGAUUACAUCCGCCAUGACAGUCUACCUUCUCCUGUUUGUGGCGCACUGCACGUGGGUGACGUCCAACGCAUACUCGUCGCCAUCCGUGGUUCUGGCGAGCCGCAUGCCCGACGGCAGCCAGCACAUCAUCGACGACUACCGCGAGGCGUACCAGUGGCUGCGGCAAAACACGGAGGAGGACGCCAAGAUCAUGUCCUGGUGGGACUACGGCUACCAGAUCGGAGGUAUGGCGGAUCGUCCAACGCUGGUGGACAACAAUACUUGGAACAACACGCACAUCGCGACGGUUGGCAAGGCCAUGAGCUCGCGCGAGGAGGUCAGCUACCCGAUCAUGCGGCAGCACGAGGUCGACUAUGUCCUCGUGGUCUUUGGCGGUCUGCUGGGCUACUCGGGUGACGACAUCAACAAGUUCCUGUGGAUGGUGCGCAUUGCCGAGGGCAUCUGGCCCGACGAGGUGAAGGAGCGGGAAUUCUUCACUCCCCGUGGCGAGUACCGGGUAGACGACCAGGCCACGGACACCAUGAAGAACAGUCUGAUGUACAAAAUGUCGUACUACAACUACCAGUCAAUGUUCCCUCCUGGCCAGGCUCAGGAUCGCGUGCGUGGCUCCCGUCUGCCCGAGAAGGGCCCGACACUGAACACGCUGGACGAGGCCUUCACCAGCGAGAAUUGGAUCAUCCGUAUCUACAAGGUCAAGGACCUGGACAACGUUGGCCGGGACCACGGAGCCGUGGCGUCCUUCGAGCAGGGGCACAAGAAGAAGAAGUCAUUGAGACGCAAGGGUCCCCGGACCUUGCGCUUGGACUGA